AUGUGUCAAGCUGGAAGAGGUACCAUGGUCAAAGCAGUGCUUAAUGCUGCCCCUAUGUAUCAAAUGAGCACUUACAAGAUUCCCAAGACCUUAAUCAACAAGUUAGAUACUCUUCAAAGUAAAUUCUUCUGGGGUUAUAAAACCAAUAGGGGUCACAAUCGUAUUGCAUGGAGUCACUUAUGUUUUCCAAAAGAGUUAGGUGGUCUGGAUUUCAGAGACCUUGAGAUGCUUAAUCAUGCUCUUCUCAUUAAAAUGGCAUGGAGAGUGUGUAUGCAGUCUGAUCUUCUAUGUGUGAAAAUUCUGAAGGCCAAAUACUUUAAAGAUGAAGAAUUCAUACAUAUCCAAAGUGACAGAAAAACAUCAAGCUGGAUUUGGAAAGACAUUGAAAUUGGAGUAAAGUAUCUUCAACAUUAUACUUGCAUGGAAGUUAAAAAUGGCAGGAAAACUCGUAAUUGGCAGGAUAAUUGGACCAUUGGUUUGGACAGUAAACCUAUUUCUUCGUGCCCUAAUCAUCUAAGUUAUGUGUAUGUCUCAGAAAUAAUUACUCCAAAUUCUUCAAACUGGAAUGUCAGUCUUCUCCAAAUUCUUUUUGAAGAUGAAGUGGUUGAGAAGAUUUCAAGAAUGCAUAUCAACAUUUAUGAAGAAGAUAUUGUGAGAUGGAAGCCAACAAAAGAUGGUAAUUUUACAGUGAAAAGUGCCUACAACAAAUUGGUGGAAACCAGAUUCUAA